ACAGGAAUCCGAAGGGUUUGCAAUUGAUGUGACGGAUCUGAGACACAUACACACACAGACACUGACAUAGAGAGAGGAAUCACAUACAGGAGUGUGUGUGUGUGUGUGCCUGAGCGGUACAGUCCAGUCCCAAAGGCGGAAGGGCUGGAAUGACAGAGAGCUCAGAAUGAGUGUUCCUCUGCUGAAAAUUGGAGCUGUCCUGAGCACCAUGGCCAUGGUAACAAACUGGAUGUCACAGACCUUGCCCACCCUGGUGGGACUCAACGGCACCAAACUCAGCUCAUCACGGAACACCCAAAAAAUAGGUAUACCUGAUCGUGUCCUGGGAAUUUAUCCCCUUUUAUGUACUCUUUUCCCAAGUCCCGAGGAAGGCUGGGAAAUCUACAGCUCCGCCCAGGAUCCGGAUGGGAAGUGCAUCUGUGCAGUGGUGGCCCAGCGGAGCAUGUGCUCGCGGGAUGCACGCAGUAAGCAACUCCGACAGCUGCUCGAGAAGGUUCAGAACAUCUCACAGUCUAUAGAGGUCCUGGAUCUGCGCACCUAUCGUGAUCUCCAGUAUGUACGGAACACAGAAUCAUUGAUGAAGGUUCUCAACGCCAGGUUGAAAGUCGCAUCAGAAAGCCAAACAAACCUGUUAAACAGAAAUUUCCAGGAACUCAAGGAGAAGAUGAAUGAAUUGUUGCCACUGAUACCGGUCCUCGAUCAAUACAAAUCGGACGCCAGACUGAUUCUAAAGCUAAAGGAAGAAGUUCGGAACUUGUCAGUGGUCCUGCUGGGAAUCCAGGAAGAGAUGGGCGCCUAUGACUAUGAGGAACUCCAGCACCGGGUUAUGCUCCUUGAGCAGAGACUCCACGCCUGCAUGCAGAAACUAGGCUGUGGAAAGCUGACGGGGAUCAGUAACCCAUUCACCGUCCGGGCGUCUGGCUCCCGCUUUGGAGCAUGGAUGACUGACACUCUGGCUUCAAGCACAGAGAACCGGUUGUGGUACAUGGAUGGAUACCUGAACGGUCGGACCGUGCGCGAGUUCCGCUCCUUCAACGACUUUGUCAAGGGGGAGAAGUUUGUGAUCUACCGCCUGCCCCACCCUUGGGCGGGCACGGGCCAUGUGGUCUUCAACGGCUCGCUGUACUACAACAAGUACCAGAGCAACAUCGUCAUCAGGUACCACUUCAGGUCGCGCAGUGUCCUGGUGCAGCGGAGCCUGGACGGAGCCGGCUACAACAACACCUACCCUUACUCCUGGGGCGGCUUCUCCGACAUCGACCUGAUGGUGGACGAGAGCGGCCUGUGGGCCGUCUACACCACCAACCAGAACGCGGGCAACAUCGUCAUCAGCCGGCUGGACUCCCAGACCCUGGAGAUCCUCCAGAGCUGGGACACGGGCUACCCCAAGCGAAGCGCUGGGGAGUCGUUUGUAAUCUGCGGCACGCUCUACGUGACAAACUCCCAUCUCGCUGGCGCCAAGAUUUACUUCGCCUACUACACUAAUACAUCGAGCUACGAGUACACUGAUAUCCCGUUUCACAAUCAGUACUCACACAUAUCCAUGCUGGAUUACAACCCCAGAGAUCGGGUCCUUUAUACAUGGAAUAACGGCCACCAGGUCCUCUACAAUGUCACCCUUUUCCACGUUGUAAAGACAUCAGGCGAGCUGUAA